AUGUCUCCUGAUCUCUCCCAAACUCCGAUCUCCCUACAUUCCGAUGCCUUGCCCCACGAGACCGUUGCGCCCUCAGAUAUCCCUGUGAUCUCAUCGAGGAACCGACUCACUACUCUACCUUCACACCGUCGGUCAAACACCGAAUACAUUGCUCGAUCUCCUAUCUCUGGAGAAAAUCACGACCCCAACCGCGAUCGUAUCAACCAGUCGAGCCCCUCCUGGACAGGCACAUUCCCCAAGAAGAAAUUUGAAGCGAAAGCAAGGAUACUGUCGGACUGGUUCCAGGGCAGAUCAGAUCCAGUCGACUUGGAAAUAUCCAUGCGCUCUGAUAGUCAUACAGAAUUGAACGACAUGGACCCGCCUCGUCUCACUAUGGUGCCCACACACACACGCAUGAAGUCGGCCCCGGGAACGGGCCGAUUCUCCUUUUUUGGCCGAGCAGAGAACAAUUCCCCUGAGCCAGCAGAUGAUGAGUUCUUGAAUCUCGACAUUUCUGCUGCCCUAUCAGCCCCUACUUAUCCAGAUGCCACUGGAGAGCAAUCACUCGAUGCUCUGCGAGAACAAGCCACCAGCGUUCUACAGCGGAUGCAAUAUGCCUACAAACAAAGAACGUUCGUCAUGCACCAGGCUCUGGCUGACCGAAAUGAGAAGCAGAGGGAGAUAGAGGAGACACGUGCUCGUGUGGAUCAUUUAAAGAUACAGCUGGACGGCAUGGCUGUCAAGGUGCUAGACCAAGAGAAGGCUAUGCAGGCGAUGGCCGAGGAACUCAAGCAGGGAAGACGCAUGCGACAGAGAGAAGAGUCUCACAGCCGCGGCCGCACCAUGCGUGCUAUCCAUCCGGAGGACGACGUACCAUCUCUUGUGCUUCAAACCCCCCACCGAGGCGGCAAGCGUGCAAGCCAUGGGACUCUGACUAGUGAUUCUGGCUUUGAGUCCGGGGAUGAGAGCGUCACUGACAGCGUCUUCUCGCACCGAGAAGGUGUUGAGUCUCCCACAUCCACGCUAGCGGCGCCGUCGCCUAACCUCUCCCAAGUUGCACUAUUUACGCCAACGGCUGCUCCGACUCUGACACCAACUAUUCAAAAGAAUCUUGUCGCAGUCACGAGCUCGCCGACGCCGACACGACCCUCAACAUACGACCGAGUUAUGAAGGGACUUGCCUCAACCCGCCUGGGAAGUUCUUUAGGUGCGAGCUCGGGGAAUUCAAACCAGUGUGGUAAUUGCCAUGGUGUUCCCGCAUCGGAAGCUUGGAGUGUCAUGGGUGUUCUCAAGGAUGAGAAUCGAGGCCUUAAGACUCGCCUAGGAGAGCUGGAGCUGGUGAUUGAUGACUGCUUGGGUCUUGUUGGACCUUGA